CACUACUGAUUCAAUGUGGCGCCGUAGUUUAGUGGUUAUUGCUCUUGUAGUUUGUGCAGGAGACCAGGGUUCGAUUCCCGUUGGCGGUGAUUCAAUAUAGGCAAUUGAAUAUUACCAUAGCCCCAGGUUAACCCAAGCCAUGUGAGGGAAAUAGGGGAGAUAAGGCAAUGUGUAGGGCCGUUGGAUGUUGCAGGAAGUUGUCUGGCAGGGCACUGGCACUUAUUGAGUUAAAGUAGCUCAAAGAAAGCCUCCUGGAAAUAAUAGACAGGGUCCUCGAUAUUUGUGAGGCUAGCUAUGUAAAAUAUGGACAUCUAUCUAUCUAUGGACAGAAUUUGAUAUUGUAUUGCAACAAGUAAUAAGUAAACUAAAUGUUUUUUUUAGAUGGAUUGUAAAAUUUUAUUGGUUUUGAUCUUACAAGUGAAUGUUGUAACAUCAAUCAUUCUGAACAAAGAAGCGCAAGAAUAUUUGAAUGGUUUAAUUAAAUUUUGUAAUGAGAACCCAACAAAUUCGAUUUUUGAUUACGUUAUUCCACCACCAAUUGAUUGCCCGCACUUACCUCCGUUCUUUAUAUGGGCCCCACUUGAACAUUUCAAUAUCAAGGUUAAGUGCCCAAGACAUCCUUCUAUAUACCUCAGAGGAUCUGGAUGGACAGAUGAUCUGCUUACAGCAAGAUCAAACAGAAAUCCUCGACUAGUGUUUGAUUUACAGCGUAAUAUUGUACUUGUCCAACGGCAUUAUGGUUGCAAAUUGGACCGAACAACACAAACUCUAUCAGGUUCAAUUGAAUUUAUGCAAAGCUUUCCAAUUUCGUUAAGUCCAAAUCACUUUCCAUUUAAGAAAUAUCAUCAAAGUAUGGUAAGUUUUAAUCUGAUUGAUUACAUCUAUAGCCAAGUUAUUGAAGGUGUGUCAUUUUUUCACAUUUGUCGAGGUAUUUCCGCUAUGAAUUAUGGAUAUUUUGAUCGCUGCUUGGGUCAAAACAGUGAAAAAGCAUUUCAGGAAAAUGUUCUGUUUUCAUAUCCUAGUGCUGACAAAAUCGAAACUAUAUUUCUAGACACAUUCUAUAGUAUCCAGCACAUAUUGCAAAAUGCGAAUUCAUUACCAAGUACAUCAAUUUCUAUUGAUCACACUUUAAAGCUUGGACGGGGUAUAGCCGGGGUUAAAAACAAAAGAGAGUAUGUAAAACUAUUUUCAAUUCUAAAUGAAGACAAUGAAAUUGUGAGUUGGAAAGCAACUAAAACAGCUGACCAAGAAGAAUUAAUGCCAGUUUUAUUGGAUCUCAAAUACAAACUUGAAAUUACUGGAAGAAGUCUGCAAUAUGCUUUUGUUGAGAACUGCUGUGACUCACGGGAUAUGUUAGAUUCUCUAUUCCCAGGUGUUUCUGUUAAAUUGGAUCCCUAUCAUGCUGUUGCAAUGAUAACGAAUGUCUUGCCAGAUAAAAACUCUGUUAAGGCUAACAUAUUCUCCAAAGAAUUACGUCAGAUAUUUAACCAGCAUGAAGACACUGGCGAUAAGAGGCAAAUGGAGACAGCAUCACCUGGUGUUAUAAUGCAUCGUCUUAUACAACUUGUAGCAAAGCAGGAGAGUUACUUGAAUAUGUUAACAGAUAAUAAGAAACAAGAGGUGUUAGGUAAAAUUGAAAUUUUGAAAGAGCAUAUUGUUAUGGGAUGUCUGUCGGAUAUACCAUCGGGAAUGGGUAGUGACAGUGUUGAAAAAUAUCAUUACGAAUUUCACAAAAGUCCUUGGAACAAUCAUGCAUAUGCAUUGAGUCCUGAAAUUGCUAUUGCUAUUUUUGCAAUUUUAUUAGCUACGUACAACAGUCGACUGAGUGGUACAAAGCAUAGUUGCAACAGCAGAAUCACACCAUACCUACCCAAAACAUUUCUUUCUCCUUUUCUUCAAGCACCAAAAGAGCCUGAGUCACUAACAAUUGAUGAUUUUGCUUUACUGGCAUCUGGAAAUAUAUUGACCAACAAUCUCUUAUGCAGAUUAGCCUGCAAUAUUUAUUACACUUAUAAUUUCUUAAAAAAAAUUAAACAUGCAUGUGUUGGGCAAGAUUUUCAAUGCGAGACAGCCGUUAAGUUUAUGUUUGAUACCACAAAUAGCGAGGCAACUUUAGCUGCACAGCAUGACCACUCAUACCCCAACACAGACCACGCCAGUGUAUUGUUCAAUAAUUUAAAGUCGUUUAAUUUGGCAAAGGAGAAAGUACCUGCAGAUGGUGAUUGUCUUUUUCGUAGUAUCCUGAGAGAAGUUAUAAAAAAGAUGGCAACUGUUAAUGAGAAAGAUAAAUUUGCGCAACAUUUAGAAAAUAUUGGAAUGAAGUUGACUGAAACAGAAGAAGAUCUCAUUAUGUGGUUAAGAGCAUUAUUUGUUCAUGAAUUGAAGUCAGGUGAACAGUACAAGAACUACAUGACGAAAGAAGAUAUUAACGACAUUGACUCAUUCAUGACAGCUGGUGUUUUUGCAUCUAACAUUGGUGACUUAGUUGUGGAUGUUUGCGCAGAUGUUCUAGGCUUGCCCAUUGUGGUCAUAUCAUCAUUAAGUCAGAUGAACGUUAGUAUACAUCUACCAAAACACCAACAACACAGUGACAGUCCCAUCUAUUUAUCAUAUGAUGCAUCUGCUAGUGGUCAUUAUGAUGGAACUAAAAGUUUUAUUGAGCAAGAAAAUAAUGAUUCUGAUAUAGAGGAACUCCGCUGUCGAUGUAGAAGCAACCAAAGGGGAGGAAAGGUCAUAACAACGUGUCUUUCACACCCAACAUAUUCCACAAGAUGUCCCUGCAAAAAAGUUGGAAGACCAUGCUCUUUGAGAUGCGAUUGUAAGUCGUGUGGCAACGGGAAACCGAACAUUGAUCUUGCAACUUUGUCCUGUCGUUGUGGACAAAGCCGUCGAACCACUGAGGAUUACAAAGCUUGCGUAGCUGGGAAAAAAUGUCCGUGUAGUGGAAGCUCUAAUGGUUGCACAGACCAAUGCGACUGCAAAAACUGUCACAACUCAUUCGGUGUAAAACCGGAAGUUGUUAAAUCGGCUACUCCCGCCAAAAGGAAACGAGCUGAUAAAUCCUACGUGAGAAGGAAAACGUCAGACUUUAUCGCUGAUGGUUGUGAAGUGUUGGAGUCGGAAGAGGAAUGGAAUUUGCAGGAAAUAUCCGCUCUUUUGUGUUGCGUAAACUUAUUGUUGCGGACGUCGACAUUGACUGUAGAGCAUGUCCAUCUUGUUUACACGUCUGUAGCCGAAAGUUAUGCCAUGUGUAACAUCGGUAUGCGUCUAAAGAAGCGUGGGAUCGAACAAGUAAAAGAAAAACUUGAAACAUUUGGGUUGAAGGAUGUGUUCUUAAUGGGAGAAAUUAGUUAGAAAUUUCUUUGAAACGUGUACAUAGUAUAGAUGUUUGGACCAAAGUUGUAGCAAUACUACUUGGGUUAACAUUAAUUAUUGAUAUAAAUUUACGAGAGAAAGCAUCCAAA